UAAAUAUUUGUGCCUUUGCUGCUGAGGUACAUAGUAUAUUUUCUGUUGUAGUCUGACUACUGGCCUGACUUUAGCACAAACUGCAGACUGACCUUUUUGAAUGUAUUCUUGUAUAAUAGUGUUGGGGGAAUGACGCAGCAAACUCCAGUAGCAUUCAGUCUUCCUCCUCUUUGGGUUUUAAAGGAGACAACACAACUGUAUAUAUAUCGAAAAAAAAAAACCUAACAGGAAAAACUGGAGAAAAAAAAAAACAUCUUUAUAUAAAACAAAGAAUUCUGAGGAAAAAGUACUCUCACUUCCUUAUAUCCGAUGUUACGUCACCUCAUGAAUAUUAAACAUCCGUGUCUCGCGUGCCUAAGCAGUGCCUGGUACCCUCGAGCUAAAGUGAAGCUGAAGUCCCACUCACAGGAAACAAAUGAGCACAGUUGAUAAACAGUGUUGUUGGAGGUCUGCGAAAUGACAUGAUGCGCUCUGCCGCAAGUGGCGCUGCGGAUUUUUCACCAUCAGCGGACAGUACCGAAGGGAAGAGGAGAACGUCUCCCGGACAAAACCCCGCCAAACCGGCCUCAAAACCCAGCGGCAGCCGCUCCUCAUCAUCCACUGCGUCAAAACCCGGAGGAAAAGGCAUUAAAGGACGCGAGGGAGAGCAGGCAGCUAUAGAGCCACGUGAAGUUAGGGUGAGAGGUGCGGCAGCUGUUCAUGGUGCUGAAACUGAGGCGGUUUGGGAAACCGAGGAGCGGAUUGAUCGCGCUCCAAAACCGGACACGCGCCGCGCGCUGUGUUUACCGUGCGUCAACAGAGACUCGUUCUCGGACCAGCCGGACGGUUCCUCUGUUGGUGGUGUGAGGGGGAGCGAGAAGGAAAGAAAGGCCGCUGCGGGAGGAGAGUACGUGGGCUGCGGGCCGGCCUUCUGGGGCGGGGGCUGUCUGCAGUCAGAGCUCAUCCAGUAUCACAUCAACAAGCGCUUGAAGAAAAGCGGCAGGAUGCAGCGAACAGCAUCUGACGAGACGCAACCGGGACCGGCCUCACAGGCCACGAGCGGCGCCGACGAGCCCGUGACACAGCAGAAUGAAGCCCUGCAGGACGAGAUCGAGAGAUUGGAGGAUGAAAACGAAGAGCUUAAGAAUGAGAUUGAGGAGAUGCGGACAGAGAUGGAGGAGAUGCGCGACACCUUUUAUGAGGAGGACACCUGUCAGUUACAAGAUAUGCGGCGUGAGCUUGAGCGAGCAAACAAGAACUGCCGCAUCCUUCAAUACAGGCUCCGCAAGGCUGAGCGCAAACGACUUCGCUAUGCACAAACUGGAGAAAUUGACGAGGACCUCCUAAGGAGCUUAGAGCAAGAUUUGAAGGUUGCCAAGGAUGUGUCUGUGAGACUCCACCAUGAGCUAGAGAACGUGGAGGAGAAACGAACAAAGACAGAAGAAGAAAACGAGCGAUUGAGACAGAAACUUAUUGAGGUGGAAGUCACCAAGCAGGCCCUGCAAAAUGAACUGGACAAAGCCAAAGAGUCUCAGAAACGAAGAGGAAGCAAAGAUGCACAAAAGCCUGAGAGGAAGACUCAGACGCCUACAGAGGAGGACAAUGAGGACCUGAAGUGUCAACUGACCUUCGUUAAAGAUGAGGCUACUUUAAUGAGAAAGAAAAUGGCCAAGAUUGACAAGGAAAAGGACCGUUUGGAACAAGAACUCCAGAAGUAUCGUUCCUUCUAUGGAGAUCUGGACAGCCCUCAUCCAAAGGGUGAAGCUGGUGGCCCACCCACUACAAGGGAAUCAGAGCUGAAACUCCGCUUGCGAUUGGUGGAGGAGGAGGCCAACAUCCUAGGACGCAAAAUUGUCGAAUUGGAGGUGGAGAACCGUGGCCUGAGGGCAGAGUUGGAUGAUCUUCGAGGUGAAGAAUCCUCCAAUGGGGGCUUGUCCGGAGCGGAAGGAGGAAUGGGGCGCGAGCAGGGGUCGGAGCUGUCGGAGCUGAGGCAACAACUGCAGUUGGUGGAGGAUGAGGCGGAACUUCUGCGGAGGAACCUGGCAGAUGUAGAGGAACAGAAUAAGAGAGUGACAUGUGAGCUGAACAAACUGCGCUUUAAAGAGGGUACAAGGCAUGCCUCAGGUGGUAAUGCAGCGAGUGCCGCCAGUGGAGCAGGAGAUAGCUCCAAAGCCGAGGCCUUGCAGGAGGAGCUGAAGGCAGCGAGGAAGCAGAUCAAUGAACUGAGUGGGAAAGUGAUGCAGCUGCAGUACGAGAACCGUGUGCUGCUUUCCAACAUGCAACGGUAUGAUCUAUCAUCUCACCUAGCUGUCACUCCACGGGAUAGUGACGCAGAAAGCGACACUGGUCCUGGAAUCGGAGGGCGCAGAGGAAGCGAUGACGACUCAUCUUCCUCUCGCCUUCCUCCCCAUCGCAAGCGUGAGGGUCCUGUUGGAGGAGAAAGCGACUCAGAGGAAGUCCGCAAUGCUCGGUGCCUGACGCCAACUCGCUCUCUCUAUUCUCCUGAAUCCGCCCGCCUCCUCUCUCGCUCCAUUCGAGACAGGCAACAGAUGAUUGACAUCCGUGCUGAAGCAGAGCGAUUGGGACGAACCAUUGAUCGGCUCAUAGCCGACACCAGUACCAUCAUUGCAGAGGCACGGGUGUUCGUAUCUAACGGGGAUCUUUUCGGCCGUAUGGAAGAUGAUGAGGAUGGUGGCCGUAUCAGGGAGCAUGAGCUACUCUACCGCAUCAAUGCUCAAAUGAAGGCCUUCAGGAAGGAGCUGCAGGGGUUUAUAGACCGACUUGAAGUCCCAAAACCUGAGGAAAGAGAUUCAGAAGAACCAUUAUCUAUGUUUCAGCCCAUCAUUUUAUUCAUCCUCAUUCUAGUGUUGUUCUCCUCACUCUCUUAUGCCACCAUUUUUAAACUUGUAUUUCUUUUUACCCUUUUUUUUGUCCUGUGAUCACCAUCCGUCCACUCAUUAGCAUAGUCUCGCCCCUUUGUUUUGUUUGUUUGUCAAUGUUGUGUAUGUCACCAUGGUUGAAGAAUCACAGGACAGUCACUUUCCAAGCACAGACAGCACGCUUAAGCACAGAAGUCUGCAAAACCUUAAUUUCCAAAAAGCUGGAGGCUGUUUUACCCAAUUCACAUAUAUAUAUACGGCUGCAUUGGAAGGCGCAUCAAGACAAGAGUUUUUUGCAAAUAAAGACUGUUACACAUCGCUGGAAAAACAUUACAUGCAUUUCUCAAGACAUCAAUACCCUUGAGCCUCUGGAAACUACAUUACCCAAAAGACAUUUCUUUCAUUAAGGACUAUGGCUAUCUGCCCAUUGACACUUGCUUUGCCACCAAAGACUUGCAACGAAAUAUGCAACUGCAGUGUUUACCAUUAAGGGGCACAUUACCACAUUGGCCAGAAUGCCUGCCACUGCACGCUUAAGAUACAUCAGCUGGAAUGAUUACCUGUCGGAAUCAUGUAAAGAGGUAUUGGUGGACUUGCCAAUGUGGUCACUCCAGUGACCUUUCAGGAAUUGCAGCAUAAGAUUCUGAGCACAGACAAACACUCGCAAAAGAAUGGCCGCAUUGGAAUUGCACUGUGGGCCGGAGCCUGGGAGUUGUGUGUGGGGUGGAGAGAGAGCUAACCUGCUUGAUAGUUUUGACUCUGAGAUGCAGGAAUGGGAAGAUCAACUACAGGACAUGCAGAGGAAGAUUGAAGAGUUGUACAAUGAGGUCAAAGCAAGAAGAGAAGCCAGCGAAAGCGGCACAAACAAUGUCACAAACAACAAAAGCCUGGACAUUACUUUGCUUCCUGUCAACUCUCAUUAUAGAUACCAGGCCAAUGGUUAUCAUGAACCCCAUGGUCACCCCAACAACAACUUCCCAAUUCGUCAAUGCAAUGAAGUAAGAGCAGAUCGUUCAGUUAUGCAAAGCCUUGGGUUUCACCACCCCAGUGAUUACUAUAAUGGCUCCAACAAUUCCUCACUUGAUUCCCUGAGCAACGGCAGCCAUUAUCCUGCCAGUUGUCAUGAUCUUGAAAAACAAGAUGCCACCCUAGACAUCCUCAAUGGAUAUCUCCAACAGGGCCCGCAUUUUGGAAAGAACUUAGGGAAUCUUAGAACCCCAAAUGCAAACCCCAAGGUAUAUCCAGUUACACACAGUUAUCAAGAUAGCAUGAAGACUAGCCUGGUGACAAACAGGACUGCAUCGUGUGUAGUUCAGGAUGAGUUUGAGGAGGCUGAGAACAAGAAGAACAAGAAAUCAAGUUGGGAUGACUCCCAAGCCCGCCACGUUAGCUGGAAAGACCCAGUUUCAUCAAACGAGCUUCCCCCUAAAUAUUCAGCUUCCAAACUGGCAGUCAGACAGAGAGAUGCUUCUCCUGUAACCCCUCGUUCCACUUACCAUGAGUCAUCACAACAACCUGACAGGAAGUGCCUCUUGCUUGACAGGAAAUCUGGCAGCCCAUCAGUGUUGCGUAAGUUUGGUGCCAUGUUGCAGGAGAACGAGGGGAAAACCCUGAUAGAGGAUGGUCUUGUGACCACAGUUGUCUCCACUGAACCUCCAAGGCACACCAGCACUCCCAUUUGCCAGAGCAAGUUUGACGCCAAGCGGGCAUCCACGCGUGCGCCCGUCCAGAAAUGCCUUGCAGACUGUGACGUACUGGUAGCAGAACUGGAGCCCAGCCAGGAGCCUUGGGCAGCUGGUCCUUCUAGACAUCUCCUGAAUGGAGACAGAGACAGUGGGAGGGGUGGUAGUACUCUUGAACAGUAUGGCUUGGCCUAUAACUUAAGCCCGUCACAGUCUCAACUUAAAUCGAAGUAUCACAAGGCACCUCAAGGGCCUAAAGCCAACAAAGCAGGCUUCCAGGGUGAGAACCUAUUCUCUGACUACCAGAUGGUGGAGAGGAUUCUGGCAGCAGGAUCUCAAAACUUCAGGAAGAUACACACAGGGCUUGAUGUUGAUACAAGACAGGGAAAUGACAACUUGGAGCAACUUCUAGAAAUGAUGGAAAUAGAGAACAACAGAAGUCAGAGGGUCACAUUCACCCAGCAACUGGACACCAAGCAGGUCAACCAUGAGUUGUCUCCUGCCCCCAGCAGUAGCAAUUUUUCCCGUCCUGCUAGACCAGCCAAUCAACGUCGUCCAUCAAGGUGGGCAAAGCAGAACCCGUCAAGCAAAAUCGCCCACACAUCCUGCCCACCAAGCCCUGGCCUGAAAGCCAAACAGUUCUUGAAUUCAUAUUUCCAGCACACAGAAACUGUGAUCAUGUGACCAGGAUAGAACAACCUUGAAUGGACACUUUAAAGGACAUUUUCAUAGACAAACCUUUGACCUUUUGUAGAACACAAUCUACUUUUUUUGUAUAUAACCACCACCACUUCAAAGAACCUUAUUGCAGCCCACUAGGAUGGCCUGUGAUAUUUUCAUUAAAUAACUUCAAAAGGAUACUGUUUUCAUUUAACUCUGUGCUGUUUGAAGUGCUUUGGAAAGUAACUCCAGUGGAAAUUCUCUGACCUGGUGAACUUCUGUGCCUAUGAACCUUUCAUUGCCUUUUUCUCUUCAUUUCUUUCUGUCAUUCUCAUUCAAUUUUGUAUUCUUUUAUUCUUUUUUCUAUUUUCCUGAGUGCUUUGUGUACACUGCAGUUCUUUUGGUGCCAUGUAGGGCAUUUUUUUGUAACCAUAUAAGCAUGUAUGCAACAAGCAUAACAUAUUUAAGCAUACAUGUCAACGAGUUAUUGAGCCUUCUCUAUUAUGCAUUACCUGUAAAGACGUGUGCAAAUGUUUUGAUGUUCUGUCAAAGUCCAUUUCAGUACUGCAUUAGUGCUUCAUAAUAUUGACAUGUAGAGGUCAUUACGGGCUCAUAAUCUUUUUAUAAGCCUUAUUUGACUGCGCCUGACGUGGGCUGUAACUACGCGGUGCAUGGCACCUUUCUGCGGGAACAUGUCUGCAUUCUCCAGCCUUGUAAAGAAAAUCCUUUAAGUUCAACAUCUGUGAAGAGUAAAUUAUAUCUUUUGACCAUAUUAUAAUGAAGAAAUGCUUUGGAAUGUUUAUUUAAUGUUGUGAUAUGAUCCUUACAAAAACGUGAUGCUUUUUGUGUUUUUUUUUCUUUCUCAGUAUAAUAAACGCAAGUGCUUUGACGAGUUAGUGAAACUCUUGAACUCUA